CUCAUACAGUAAUCCUAAUCCACUCCUCCAAACAUCUCCAUGACGGCGUUUCCACGUUCACCCAAUCUCAACUCGUGGGUCACUUUCGAUCCCACCAUCAGAAAAUUUACAGGGAUCUCAUUCUCAAUGUGCGCUCCAAAGAGAAUUGUUGGAGAUUUGUCGGAAAACAAAUGCUGCUCUUGUUGUCCCAGAAGACAUUUUCUUGGAGCUGCUGCAGCUUUACUGCCAAUUCUGCCCUCAUUUGCCUCGGAAAGAGAUUCAAAGUCAGUGUUGAAUAGCAUUCAUCCUCCAAGACCAGAUUGGUACGAGGAGUUUUACGCAUCGGCUAUGGAUAGAACAAUGAGAUCUUAUGAAGCAGAGAUUGCAGGUUACAAGGCAGAGUUAUUUGCUAAUUUGAGAGGAAAGGCGGAAAGGAUACUGGAAAUUGGGGUCGGCACCGGCCCCAAUCUCAAAUAUUAUGCAGAUUAUCCAGAUACCCUUGUUUAUGGAGUUGAUCCUAACAGGAAGAUGCAGAAAUAUGCACAGGCAGCAGCAACGGCUGCUCGCCUCCCACCUUCGAAUUUUACCUUUAUGCCUGCAGUUGCUGAGGCUUUGCCAUUAAAAGAUGCUUCUGUUGAUGCUGUCGUUGGAACGCUUGUCCUGUGUUCUGUCAAAGAUGUUGAUCAGGCACUGCAAGAAGUGAGGAGGGUGCUCAGGCCAGGAGGGUUGUACAUAUUUGUGGAGCAUGUAGCAGCAAAAGAUGGAACACUUCUAAGAUUUGUUCAAGGAAUUCUUGAUCCACUGCAGCAAACUGUUGCUGACGGGUGCCAUCUAACCCGUGACACGGCAACCAACAUUGCCAAGGCCGGCUUUGCAGAUCUUCAUGUGAAUCAAGCCAUUCUAUCCACAGCCUCGCUCAUCAAUCCCCACGUCUAUGGAAUCGCCUAUAAAUAGACUCACACUCAGCUCUACUUUCUUUCAUGAAAUACAAAUGAUCUUGCCGUAAGUUGCUACCAAGACGCAAGGGUAUAGAUUCGAAUCACCCGCCUCCUGACUUGUGCCAAUACAUACCCAUUGUCGCUGUCAGAAAGAAGACUGAAGGGAACAUGGCAAGAAGGAUAAUGGAGGGGUUGAAGGGACAUCUUCAAAUGUAUGCUUUUAAGCUUCUUGUCCUAGUUUUCUCCAAUGUUUCUACUACCAUUUUUGGGAUAAUUUCUUGUGUAUUUAUCAGUAUGUUGGUCUUUGGAUAUUGGAGAAUCCCUUUUUUUAGUGAUGUUAAUAAGAAGACUCUACAUAGCCUGGCAUUUGCAAACAUUUCA